AUGGCAAUCACCACAAUUCCAAAAGGCUGGCGGGAACUCGCACAAGUCUGUAUCGACAUCCAGACGAAGUCAAUUCCCAAGGAGUAUGAGUUGGCAAGCGACCAAAUACCUCCGAAAGAUCGUCAAAAUGUGCUUGAUAUCCCAAAUGAGUCUGGAAUUUUGACUACGGAGGAAAUUCGGAUGACUGAGCAGGAUGCCUCGAGCUUGUUAGGAAAGUACAAGAGCGGCCAAUGGACUGUAAAACAAGUUGUCACCGCUUUUCUGAAGAAAACAACCAUGAUUCAUCAAUUGACCAACUUUGCUACCGAGAUUUUAGCAGAAGAUGCCCUUCAGAAGGCCAACGAACUUGAUGCGUACUUCCAAAAAACAGGCCAGCUGGUCGGCCCUCUUCAUGGCAUCCCGAUAUCAGUCAAGGAACACAUCGGCAUGGGUGGCCAUAUCACGCACGCAGGGUUCGUAUCAAAGAUCAGAAACAUCCCGCUCGAAGACGCCCUUUCCAUCAAGAUUUUGAAGAAGGCAGGAGCAGUCAUUCAUGUCAGAACGAAUCAACCGCAGAGUCUCAUGCAUCUGGACUGCAAUAAUAAUAUCACCGGGCUAACUAGGAACCCACACAACCUUCUUUGCUCGCCCGGAGGAUCAUCCGGUGGUGAAGGAGUAUCAGUCGGCGCGAAAUGCUCAGUGAUUGGCGUGGGCACAGAUAUUGGCGGGAGUAUACGCAUCCCUGCCGCCUUCAAUGGUUGUUAUGGACUUCGACCGACGGCUCUGCGUGUGCCAAACCUUGGAAACUUUGGUAUCACAUCUGGACAAGAGAGUAUCCGGGGUGUUGUAGGACCCUUGGGCCAGAGCGUUGAUGAUCUGGAACUGUUCAUGAGUGCUGUUCUUGCAGCUGAACCGUGGGAUACUGAGACUAUGUUGGUUCCAGUGCCAUGGAGACCUGUCAAUCCCAGGAAAGAGAUCACGGUGGGAAUCAUGUUGGACGAUGGUUUCGUCAAACCACAUCCGCCGGUCCUACGGGCUCUUCGUUCAGCCGCGGAAAAAUUGAAACAGUCAGGUGUGAAAGUGGUAGACUGGGAACCCUUUGACCACCAGCGCGGCUGGGAAAUAGUAUCCUCGUUGUAUUUUCCCCAAGGGCCAAAGCCGUACCUCGACACAUUUGCCGAAAGUGGCGAGCCGGUCCUCCCACUUACCGAGCAUGCUUUCAGAUUCUCAAAAGCCGAGCCACUUACAGUCGCAGAGAACUGGAACCUCAACUAUAGAAGAGAGGCAUAUCGACGAGACUAUCAUGCUCUGAUGAAGCACAGAGGCGUCGAUGUCAUACUUUGUCCUGCAUACGUUGGUGCGGGUGUGUUGCAAGGCGGCGCCGAGUACUGGAAUUACACGGCCAUUUGGAACGUGCUAGACCAACCAGCAGCCAUCUUGCCGAGCGGACUGAAGGUUGACAAAGCCAUUGACAAGCCCGAAGAAGAUUACACGCCUCGGAAUGACUAUGAUGCUAAAGAAUGGAAGGCCUAUGAUGCCGACCUUUUCCACGACAUGCCAAUUUGUUUACAGCUUGUCGGAAAACACUUCCAAGAUGAAGAAGUGCUACAGGCAACUAAGCUGGUUGAUCGCAUCUUGAAGGAAUAG